AUGUCGUCUCAACCUAAUCACGAUCACUCAUCCACUGAGGACAAGUCCUCUACCCACACAGAAAAGAUGGAUGAAAGUACCACCAAUGGUACCGCAUCAGCAUCAACAACUCCAACUCAACAGCCUUCGACCCCUUCUAGAUCCACUCCUAAGAAAAGAACAACAACUCCAAGCAACAAGGUCACUCCUGCCAAACGAUACACUCCUGUUCGUUCAACAAGAGGUAAACUUCCAUCUCAUUUGGAGGAUUAUCAAGUGGGUGAUUUCGAUUUGAGACAAGUUACUAACACCACUAGUAGCAGCUCCAACUCAUCCACUCCAAAGAAGAAGAAGGCUGCAACAUCAUCGACACCAAAGAAAGCAGCAACUCCAAAGAGAAAGAAGGAAGACGAUGAUGAUGAUGAUGAAGCAGAAAUGUCGGACGAUGACGAUGAUGCCAUGGUAGAUGAUGAUGAUUUUGAAGUAAAACCAAAGAAAUCCAAGCAACGAAAAACAACAAACACUGCAGGCAGAGCCAAGAAGGCAACUGCAAGUGCUUCUUCUCCUUCGAGAAGAACUGGUGCUGCUGGCUCAUCAUCCUCAAGCACGCCUUCCCGAACUGGCACAAAUCGCCCCACAAACAUCUCAUUGAACAAUUUACCGAGUGAUGAUAGUGCUGUAUUGCGCUCGAGAACUCCUGGGAACCGUUUUUCUGAGUUUCAAUCUUCACAUAUUGAUUAUGAAGAAGCUCUUAGAAAGUUGCUUGCGAAAACACCUGGUAAUGAAUUCAAACGAGGAGAUGUCGAUGCCACUCAUUGGGCUAUUUCAUCUCUUCCAAUGACUGAAAUGGAAUAUUUCGAUACCAAUACUUUGGUCAACAAGAAGAUUACACUUCAACAAAUUCUUUCAGGAUGCUAUUAUGCAGAGGGAAAUAGAAGACUCAAGUCAAGUGAUGAAGUACCUGCUGUACAGAUCUGCUUUGCAUUCGAUACGACUGGAUCUCAAAUUAACAUUAUUGAUGAUUUAAAGUGGAAACUUCAACACAUGUGUCAACAAUUAUUGAACGAUAUUCCAACCAUCCAAAUCAGUAUCAUUGCGUUUGGAGAUUAUGCAGAUUAUUCCAUGUUUUAUGUCAUGCAAAAAUUAGAUUUCAGCAACGACAUUGAUCAAAUCGUAUCAUUUGUACAAAGUUUACGUGGUACUGGAGGACUUGACCCGGCAGAAUGUUACGAGAUGGUCCUCAAGGAAGCUCAAACCUUAAGUUGGAUUCCUAAGGAUAAUCCUUUCACGCAAAGAACUCUAGUAGUGAUUGGUGACGAUGUGCCCCAUAGUACAGAAGAAUAUUUGAAGAUUAAUUACAAAGAAGAAGCUUCCAAACUUUUCAAUGAAUACCACAUCAAGAUUCAUUCUGUUCAAUGUCAAGGAAGAGAUUAUGCCACUGACUUUUAUCAAUUCCUAGCUGAUGAGACUGGUGGGCGUCGUUUUGAGCUCAAAGACUUUGACAGCAUGCAAAACAUGUUUUUAGGAUUGUGCUAUCGUGAAGCCGGAGAGUUCCAAAUGGCAAAUCCUUCAAUGCAACAACACUUAAAAUCAUCGUCAGCAAUUGUUCGACCAGGUGGUUCGUCCUCUCAAGACAGCGAUUCAGGCGAUGCAAGCGAUUUAUCUGAUGAAGAAAUGAAACAAGUUCAUGAAGCUAUUCACAACCCAGCUGCUUCCAAGGUCACAAUUAAGGGAGUUGAUUACGACAUUUCUGUGAACGACGGCGCUUGUCGAUUCGUUCGCAUUGGUGAAGUGACGUAUAUGGAACAGAACAAGGACAAGGGUACCAAGUACGCAAAAAUGGCAAUCGAGGGAAAGAAGAUCACUUGGAUAACGAGAAGAGGUCAAUGGGGAUUGAUUAUUGAUGAUGAGAUUAAGAUUAGAUAG